CCCCAGAGUUCUCCCAAUUACAACUAGGCUGGUAUCUGGUUACCAUUGCGCGAGAAAAUACUCUACGUUGUGCCGCCAUCUAAAGUCUAACAACUUCUACGUGCCGUCACAUAUUUUUUAACCUUCCCCAUUCCUAUUUUAACUCGCUUGUAACCAAGCUCUUCUUCUUACAAAAUCUUUUGUCACUACCGUUGACUGGUCUGGCCCACCACGUCCCCGAACCGUGACGAUGACAAAAUCCACAUCCACGAUGACCUAUAAUACUCGCUCGCGCACUCGCGCUAGAGCCAGCUCAGUUUCUACCCCCGCAAGUGAAAAAAACGAACCGGUGAGAGACGACUACGGAAACUUUAUUGUUAAUAUUAUGACCUUAGCUCAAAAAGCAGCGCAGGGUUCUGGCUCAGCAGCCGGAACCCAAGCGCCUGUCGAAUCUCCGUUGACCUCGGUGGAAGGGUCCCCUGGGACCGAAAUGGAGAGUCCGUCCGCACUGAGACCAACUCGCUCGUACAGCGACGUGGUCCGUGCGAGUAGCCCUGGGAGUGACCAAACAGUCGCCCAGGAGAGUAUAUUACGGCCUAAGCCAAUGUUUAGUCCUGCGGGCGGUAAUAAAAUUAAUGAACUUGCGGAAAGCGGGGGCAAGCGCGUCAGAAGCGACACAGCUAAGGAACCUGAGCUAACCAGCAGUGACGAGGACGAUGACGAUCGUCCUUGGAUCCAAGUCUCUCAUAAAGGGAGAGACCGGGCCAAGACACCCGAACGGCUCUACAAGGAGCCCUUAAGAAACUCGGCUAGACGUGAAAGUAACGUGAGUAGCCAGAGCACACCCGCCACGAGAGAAAUGGACCUGGGCGAGGGAACCUCCAAAGGUAAAGGAGUGGACCCCCGAAACUGGGGCGAUGCGAUGCUCGACGAAGAGGAUCUGAAUCUUGAGGAGCAGCGAGCGGCACUAGAAUCCUUCAAAACAGCGAGGGAAAUCGCUAGUCAGACAGAAUCUUCCUCUGAAGGAGACUUGCACGCACCUCUUAAGGGAUCGGGACCCAAAGGACAGCGUCAGGAUAUCUUUGAGCAGGCUGCGCGUGAGCAGCGAGCAGUCGAUCAUGCAGUGAAAAUGGCGGAGAACCGCCUGCGAAAGGAGUACGACCAGAAACUGAAGGAAGUCUUAGCAGGGGUCCAAAGACCUGAAAGGAGGGCUCGCGUUCGCGAACCCUUUGAACGGAUGACUUACCCUAUAGACGACAUGGUCAGGAGGGUAGUAAACCCGAAAACCAAUAGGCGAGAGCAACGUCACACUCCCCAAGCCAUGGAACCAGUACACCAAGUGGCGCCCAGGUCCUACAUUGGGCAAGCACUGGGACGCUUAGGUCGGGGAGGCGACGAUUCCUCGGACUCGAGCUUCUCGGAUAGUUCCUCGAGCUCGAGUGAUGAGACUAGUUCGUCUAGCUCAGAUAACGAAGUCCCUAGAAAGGGCAGUAAAAGAUCAAAGAAAAGAUCCAAAAGAAAGAAAGGGAAGACGACCUUGAAACUGAUAGCUCCCGCGACGUACGAUGGGGCCGUCGAUUCCCGCGCGUUCCAUCGGUUUAUCACCGAAGGAACGGCGUACGUAAAAGACGGGAAAGUCAAGGCCAAGAAACGAGCGUUUGUGUUGUCGCACUACCUGAAGGGCAAGGCUCAUGAGUUCUAUAUUCGAGAAGUAUCCGGAGACCCAUACCGCUGGAGACUGCGUGAAUUCUUCAUGGAAAUGUUCAACUACUGCUUUCCUAUCAAUUUUAGGACGAAGCAGCGCGAGAAACUGAAGAGGUGUUUCCAGAACGACAAAACCGUAAGAGACUACAUAUAUGAGCUCAACGAGCUAUGGAACAUGAUUGGGGACGUUGACGACCGGGACAGGGUGUCUCGGUUGUGGACGGGCCUGACAGCCGAGAUUCAAAGGGAACUUUGGAAAAAGGAAUUAAAUCCAGAGGUGUCUACCUUCAAAGAGGUUCAGGCCGCGGCCGAAAUCAUCGAGAUCGCUCACUCCGUCCCAACGGGAAGGGAAAAGCGAGCCACCAACAAGGACAAGCCUGCCCCCGUCGAAGUCUCAAGCGCGACGGCUGUGGGCAGGUCACCCAAAACCAAGGGAACUGGUCGUCGGAGGGACAGAGACAGACGUCCGAAUCCCGACGACAAGUCAAGGGGACAGAGAACGUAUCCAGGUGGGAACGGACCCAGGGGUACUGGGAGAUCCCAACCCGGAGGAGGUAUCAAUCCGGAGGAACGAGAACGCCGUAAAACGGAAGGACGCUGUUAUACCUGUGGGGAGUUAGGGCAUGUCUCACGGCAAUGCCCAAAGAAUACUCACCUAAAAUCAGACUCUCCCGGGAAACCACCAGGGAUACCCAGUUUUGGGAUACACGUUGGACCCAGUGAGGAGGAACGCAUGCGGCAGCUGACUGAAGUAUCCGAGCCUCCAGAUGGCCUGUUUGUGGGGUCCGUAGGACUGUUCAUGGAAGAAUCUUUACCUUUCGAGAUACCUCCCAUAGAUCCAAAGAGAGACGAACCUAGCGUUCGGUUCAGAGAUCCAGUGGCUCGAAGAGCCGAAGACCGUCUACAGGGAAUGCAGUUUCCCUGGGACGGCGCAAAGGAUGAGACCCACGCAGUGGCCUGGGAUGAUCCAGAUCGAUUUUGGGUGGCCUUGCAUGAGGACAAGGACACCUACGUUGUGGUGGAUUACCACCAUGGCAGGUACGGGCCGGAAAGGAUGGAGCUGUCCCGGCAACAACUGGAGGAUCCCCAGUUUCGAAUAGAUAAGGCCUACUGGCUGCACCUAGGAAGAUUCUUCGGGAAGCGUCAGAAGUGGGACAGACGGAGGCUGCUCAAUCAAGAGAGGCAACGCACUAACCGGAGGGAACCCAUGGGGACUCCGAUUGAAGACCGUAUCGAGUGGUGGCUGGAGGAGUACAUAGUUCACCCGGAGGACUACUGGUCCUCGUCCACGGACCGGCGUUUCUUACUCACCUGUCAAGAGAAACAGUGCUACAAUGGCACUGGAACCCUGGGAGGUGGUAUCGUCGCCGCCUAG